UCUGUUAUCGUCGGCUGUUGCUUCAAACUUUAUCUCUCUCUCAAAACUCUUUCACCCAAAAAAAAAAAAAAAAAAAAAAAAAAUGAAGAACAAGAACAUUGUUUUUUUUAAUAUUAAAGUUAGUCUUUGAUUACAACAUUCUUUUACACACGCAUAUAUAAUACACGUAUUUUCAUCAUUGCGAGAAAAAAGUGAAAAACUCAGACACAGAGAGAGAGAGAGAGAGAGAGAGAGAGAGAAAGGAGAUGAGAGGAAUUGAACUGGCCGGGAUUCUGAUUGCGGCGGCGCUGCUGUUUCAGGCGGCGCUGGUUCUGUGCAGUUUUCCGGCGACACUGAAGCUGGAAAGGGCCUUUCCGUUGAGCCAACGAGUGGAACUGAGUCAACUCAGGGCGCGUGACUCACUCAGGCAUGGAAGAAUGUUGCAGUCUUCUAAUGGCGUCGUUGAUUUACCUGUAGCUGGUACCUACGAUCCGUUCGUGGUUGGACUGUAUUAUACAAAAGUGCAAUUGGGAUCUCCUCCAAAAGAAUUCUAUGUGCAGAUUGAUACAGGAAGUGAUGUUCUGUGGGUCAGUUGUAACUCAUGCAAUGGUUGCCCAACAACGAGUGGACUCCAAAUUCCGCUCAAUUUCUUUGAUACUGGGAGCUCGUCAACAGCUUCAUUGAUCUCUUGUUCAGACCAAAGAUGCAGUGCUGGAGUUCAAACGUCAGAUGCCCUUUGUUCUAGUCAGAACAAUCAGUGUGCAUAUGCUUUCCAGUAUGGAGAUGGCAGUGGGACCUCUGGAUAUUAUGUAUCAGACUUGUUGUAUUUCGACACAAUUCUUGGAGGGUCUGUGACCACGAAUUCUUCGGCUCCCAUUGCCUUUGGGUGUAGCACCUCACAGACAGGAGACUUGACAAAGUCAGAUCGAGCGGUUGAUGGCAUCUUUGGGUUUGGGCAACAGGAAAUGUCUGUUGUCUCACAACUUGCUUCGCAGGGAGUAGCACCAAAAGCAUUCUCACACUGUUUGAGAGGAGAUGAAGCUGGUGGAGGCAUAUUGGUUCUUGGGGAAAUCUUGGAGCCUAAUAUAGUCUAUACUCCACUUGUUCCAUCACAGCCUCAUUAUAAUUUGAAUCUGCAGAGCAUUUCUGUCAGCGGGCAAACAUUAUCGAUUGACCCAUCGGUGUUCACAACAUCAAACAACCAAGGGACCAUAAUUGAUUCUGGGACAACUUUGGCAUACCUUGCAGAAGCAGCUUAUAAUCCUUUUGUCACUGCUGUAACAAAUGCUGUUUCACAAUCUGCUCAACCUGUUGUUUCCAAGGGAAAUCAGUGUUAUUUAAUUACCUCCAGUGUCACUGAUGUCUUUCCUCAAGUUAGUUUAAACUUUGCUGGUGGUGCAUCCAUGAUUCUAAGACCUCAGGACUACCUCUUACAACAAAAUUCUGUUGGUAGCUCUGCAGUGUGGUGCAUUGGCCUACAGAAACUACAGGGUCAAGGGCUAACAAUUUUAGGAGACCUUGUCCUAAAAGACAAAAUAUUUGUUUAUGAUUUGGCUGGUCAACGGAUUGGCUGGGCUAACUAUGACUGUUCAACAUCAGUAAAUGUCACUGCAACUAUGAAAACUGGGAAAAGUGAAUAUGUCAAUGCUGGGCAGCUAAACGAUAACAGUUCACCGCAGAAUGAGCCUUACAAGGGGAUAGCAAUAAGCAUGAUUUCUUUCCUAAUGCACAUAUUACUGCUUGGCAGCUUAUUUUUGUAGCAUAUACAGCAAAAGGUCUGAGACUAGCAUUCGUUCAUUUUAUAUUCCCUUGCCGGUUUAUAUUUAUAGAAAUCGGUAUGACCAUGCGUUGUUGUUAGAGUUUAGGUUUCUGCUUGUCACUGCACAUUGUGGAAUAGGUUUGUGGCUGCUGAAUAUUUCUUCGUCAGCCAUGUAGAAUUACACGUUCCUCCAUUAGGGCUUGCUCCAUUGGCAGCAUUUGUAUAUUACAUUUUCACAUAAUAUUUGUUUAAUAGCAGAUUUAAUUUAUACAAACUUCUUAUGUUUUUACUUCUGUAACA